GCACACGGCAGUGCGAGCGUCUGCGCAUGCGCGCUGCGUCACGACCGAGCUGGUUGUUGCUUCCGCAGCGCACGAGCGUUAGCGGAAUCAAAACAAGGCCAAAAGGUUGGAGGAGGCCCGCGCAACAAAAAUAACAACGAGUGAGCGAGCGAGCGAUCGAGCGAGUUUCCUGUGAACGAGGUCCCCCACCUGGAGCCUCAGCACGCAGAACCCAGGACGCGGUUCGAGGGAGACCAGCAAGGAAGACCGCCUGUGCGUCUGCGUGCGCGCGCCACGACAAAGACGCCUGAAGGUGAGCAUCAUGUUGUUGUUGUUGAUGAUGAUGAUGAAUAAGAUGAAGAGGUCAUGUGUCCGGCCUGCACUUGACAUCCCUCAAAGGAGACACCCUUGAGAGGACACGCAGAGAUGAGAUGACGUCAAGACAUUGAAAUGAGCGAGAUUAGAGGACAUGAAGGCUGUGGAAAGGGCACAGGAAAUGGGGAGAUUUCAGAAGAUAACGGUUUUGGAUGAGGGCAGCAUGACGUCCCUCAGCCGGACUGGCCUGCGCGUCCCCUCGGUGCUGGUGCUGGUCAUGGUCCUGGUCGUCGUCCAGAGCCGGUGGGCCAGGGCGGGUCGCCCGGACCGCGCGCCCGCCCCCGUGUUGGUGUUGGAGGAGUACGUGAGCGCCACGGUCAACGCCAGCGUGAUGGACGCGCGAGGACACGCCGUCCACGUCAUGAGCAGCGAAGACGGAAUCUACGGCCAGAACUCGCCCAAAGUCGACACCCGCGCGCUGCUCGUCGUCACGCCCGCGCCAGUGGUGGAUCGUCAGGGCUGUGACCCCGACACGCGCUUUGUGGCGCCGCCCCGUGGCGUCCAGUGGGUGGCGCUGCUGCAGAGAGGAAACUGCACCUUCCGGGAGAAAAUUCUGAAGGCCGCCACCUUCAAUGCUUCCGCCGUGCUCAUCUACAACAACUCCACCAACAAGACUGUCAUGAUGGGCCACGAAGGUACGGGCGACACAGUGGCGGUGAUGAUCACGGAAGGUUAUGGCAAAGACAUCCUGGCCCAACUGGAGAGGAACCUGAGCGUGGUGGUGACGGUCUUUAGGGGUCAGCGCACUCCCAAGAACAUCAACCGAGGCUCGCUGGUCUUUGUGUCCAUCUCCUUCAUCGUCCUCAUGAUCAUCUCCUCGGCUUGGCUCAUCUUCUACUUCAUACAGAAGAUACGAUACGGCGGCGCGCCGCACCGUGGCCACCGUCGUCUGGGCGACGCGGCCAAGAAGGCCAUCGGGAAGUUAAGCACCAGGACGGUGAAGAAAGGAGAUAAAGAGACGGAUCCUGACUUCCACCACUGUGCAGUUUGUAUCGAAUCAUACCAGCUGAACGACGUGGUCCGCAUCCUUCCCUGCAAGCACGUGUUCCACAAGGCGUGCGUGGAUCCGUGGCUCAGCGAGCACUGCACGUGUCCCAUGUGCAAACUCAACAUCCUCAAGGCUCUCGGCAUUUCGGGUGGCGUGCCGUACGUAGACAGCGAGGGCCUGAAUGCGGAGCAUCCCGGUGGGGCUCAGGCGUCCGCCGGCCCGAGGGCGCCGCCUAGCCGGCGAAGCGGCCGACCCGCCGUCCGCCUGGAGCCUCUCAGCCCGCCCUGCCCGGAGGCCCCGCCCCUUUCCCCCGCUGACAUCGCCAUUGCCGUCACCAGCGGUCACUUCUUCACGUCGACGCCUCCUCCUCGCACGGAGCUGCCGGACCUGCAGGCCCCUCUCGACCUCUACGACGACAAGUCCUGAAGCCCGUCACCAUGGCAACCCCUCGCCUCCAACCACACACACACACACACACACACACACACACACACACACACACACACACACACACACACAGACAUUAACACAAACAUUCUGACCUGUGUAAGAACACUGAACUCGAGGACUCCAAAGUGUUGUUGACAAAGCGGAUCACUCUGGAUCUGGUCUCAUCGGGUUUCGGAGCAGCGGAUCCUGACUCCUGAAUCUUCCGUGAAAAACUUUCUGAAGGCUCAGCCAAUUUGUGGCCAGAUUUACGGGUCCUGGUUCCCGGGACGCUUUACGGGGCGACAAAAGUUCCAUCUGGAGUUCUUCUCAAGGAUCCUGGAAAAGAUGCGUGGAGGGUCGGUCGUCUAUUGUUCUUCCAAUGGUUUGUUCCUUCUUAGAAAAGCCAAUUCCUCCAAUUCCAGAGUGCCUGAAUGUUGGUCAACGGACUGCAGCUGGAUCACAACCAAAGAACCAGAACUACUGGCUUUUUGAGGCAUACCCACCCACACCAAUCCUGAGACCAGAACCAGAAGCAGAACUUCUGUAGAGACAAUCGCAUGACCCAGGAAGAGUGCAACCCUCUCUCCCGCUGCAGCCGCCAACAAUUGCUUUUAAAGGAAGAGUCCCUCACUUGCCAACAAGUCCCAUCGUCCUCCAGCCGUCACGUCGCUAAGGUCUUUGCCACUCCAAGUUGGCCCAUUGGCCAGAAACAGAAGCCGAGCUGGCGUGUCACCGGUAACCACCUCGAUCUAAACGUUAGCCUAGUUUCGCACAAAAGGCAGAAGGGAAAGGCCGAGUUUAGCUUGCGUUAGCGUAGCAAGAGAAGGAAUGCAAAUAAUAAAGGGAAGGCCGACGUCAAAGUGGCUUCAAAACAGCAUCGGCCGUGCUUGCUCACCAGCUACUUUGCUCUUCGGCCAAACCGCUCCAGUUCAUAAUUAGCAUUUUCAUUAACCCAAAUUGAUACAAUCAAUAGAGCAUUACAGUAAGAAAAUGUAUAUUCUACAAACUAUUACAAUUGUGAGCCAAGCGUACAAAUAACCAAUACUCACGCGAUUGUCAUAUUUAGUCAUAAGGAUAACCAAUUCAUUUUGUGACUCAACACGUUAAGUAUAUUUCAAAUCAUUUACAUAUUCCGCAUUGGGAGGCGUGUGAUUGGUCUAGUUCCAUGGUCGUCUUGAACUGUGGUUGAAAUUCCGUACACAUAUACAAUGUUGCUUGCACAUGGCAACGUGAAACGAAGCAACAAGUUUGAUCCUUGUACAAUAACUUCAAUCACCUGUUGACUUCAUGUUUGUUGUAAAACGACGAACCAAGAUUCAAACACUGUGUGUGUGUGCGUUUGAAACAUGGAAUUAAUGUACUGUAGUUCAUUUGUAGUCCGUCACUAUUAAAAUGCUGCUCUGUUGACGCCUGUCAAUCCAUCA